AUGAAAAGAAGAGAGCAAACUGACGGUGGGAUUGUGAAGGACGACUCGCGAAGAAAUAUCAUUAUCAGUGAAUUUGGAUAUGGUGUCAACGGUACUCUGAACAUUGCUAUCAACAAUUUUACUGUUCCUGAAAAAAUCAAAGAUUCUGUCGACUCGACCGAAAAUGCCGAUAAAUUAGGUGUCAUCGGAUUCUCGCUUUCUUUGGGCUCGAUUAUAACGAGAGGAGUCGGAUCGAAUCCUCACGUUUGCCAGUUACAACAAACUGACCAAGGCUACGACGCGAUCUUCUUCUUCGCCGACCUCCCGAACAAACGCUUGCGAGUUUAUCGCAGUGGAAUCGGAAAAUUCAUACGGAUCUGCGAAUCUGCCAGAGACUGUGAAACUCAAGAUGCCGUUCGCAUACCAAAACCGGAAGAGCUCAAACCGGAUAACCCGACGGCCCCUAUCGAGCAGCGUGGGUGGUUCCGCAAUUUGUUCGGAAGGUUUCUGAACCCCGGUGCACCAGAAAUCGCCUACGACAAUUAUAUUCCGCUGCAAGUGGACAAUGAGAAUCAUUUUUCGACAAACAUGUCGAUCCGUUUUGACGGAAAAAUUGUCGGACAGUACGUUUUUAUGUUCCAUAACUGCUACAAUUACAGAGCACACGGAUACAGUGAUCGUGUGGCUGUGGACCUGACAGUCGAUAUGGUGGAGAGGAACAGGCACUCCUAUCUCUCAUUGAGCGAAAUCCCAAAACCUCAAAUCUAUUUAUACAUGUCAAUUAUGUUCUUCGGUCUGUCUAUUUACUGGUGUCAUCUGCUGUGUAGAUCCAGCUCUGACAACAUCUAUAGAGUUCACAAGUUUAUGACGGUGUUGGUCUUCUUAAAAUCCGUGUCACUGUUUUUCCACGGACUCAAUUACUAUUUUUUGAGCAAAUAUGGCAUGCAAAAGGAGAUUUGGGCGGUUCUCUACUACAUCACUCAUUUACUCAAAGGACUUCUUCUUUUUGGAACACUCAUUCUCAUUGGAACAGGCUACACAUUUAUAAAGCAGUUCUUGACAGAUCGUGACCGCAAACUGUUCAUGUUUGUCCUUCCUGUCCAGGUUCUCGACAACAUCUUUCUGAUUAUCCUCAGCGAAUCUGAAAUCGGAACGGAGAGCCAUCAGCUUUGGUUGAAACUGUUUGUCUUCCUUGACAUCCUAUGUUGUUUUCUGGUUGGACUACCAAUUGUGUGGUCCAUUCAACACUUGCAUGACGGAGCGAUGACGGAUGGAAAAGCUGCAGCGAACUUGGAAAAAUUGCGCUUAUUCCGCCAAUUUUAUAUACUCGUCAUCAUCUACAUCUAUUGUACUCGAUUCUUCAGUGUGCUCUUUAAGUUCCUCUUCCCAUACAACCUGGAAUGGGUGAUAGUCGCUGCCGUCGAAAUCAUCACCUUCUUGUUCUUCAUUGUGGUUGGAUACAAGUUCCGACCCGCAAACUCUCACAACUAUCUUCUUCUCAACUCUGACUUUGAUAGCUAUGAUAUCGAGGCGAUCCCCAAGGAGGAAAAAAAAGAUAAGGAUAACAAUGAGCCACAAGUUGUGGAUGAGCAAUUUCUCGCGAAAGCAUACUCGGAUGCCAAUGUGUCGCGACGAGUGAUAUCCGAUGAAUCAUCGAACAACCAAGUGGAUUACCCCCAUCAGAAACUAAUGAAGAAACCUUCUCAAACCUACGAACAGUCUCUGCUAGAUUAA